CUGUGGUCACGGGGCCAUGGUGAAUUCCGAAAAAUCCGCUCGACGGCGCCGCCUCCGCCAUGGACGACUCGGACGACGAGACCGGGGCGGCCUACUUCCUCCCCGGUGGCAUCGCCGACGAUGGCCCCCCUCGCCGCGUCGUCGACAAGACGCCUGCACCUUCCUUCCGUGCCCGUCCGACCUCGACCUUUGGCAACAUCCAGCCCAUGCGUCCGCAAAACCUGCACGCAGGCUACCGCAUGCCCGAGCCAUCCAACUCGCUGCUCUCGGGCCUUGGCGGCGAGGCCAUGCCUGUACAGAACCGCGAGCGUGGUAUACCCUUCAGCGGCUUUGGCUACGGCGGUAGUGGGCCCAUUGGUAUGGGCUCGAUCGGUGUCAUUGGCUCGGCGUCGACGCAAUCGCCAUCGUUCGGGCGCCCAAGCGGUCCAUCGUACUUGAGCCAUGCGCCUAGCGCGAUUGCCUCGCAUGUAGCGAGUCCCGCACCCCUCCGCGCACCACCGGGACUUGCCGGCCCUGUCCAAGCGGCGCCUACCCUCAAGCGACACCGAUCCGACACGCAGCCUUUCGGCGGUUUCAUGUCGCACAUGCGGAGCCCGACCGCCGUGCCAUCGCCGCUGCACUCGACGCCGCCGGUGGCCAUGUAUCGCAGCGACAGCAACACGUCCAACUCGGAUCUGGCCGAGCUCAACACGACGUCGGUGGUCGUGUCACACUCGGAGGCGACGGUAGAUCCCAAGAACGUAUCGGCGUCUCCGCAGCGCUUUGGGCCUAGUCGCGUCCGUUCGGAAGGUCGCGCCCACGACGAGCCCCUCGAGACGACUCUUGUCAAGAAGCCAACUGCCCGUGCGGCUGAGCGCAAGCAGCUUCCCAAGGACAGCGUGCCAUCGUCGCCGCGCGCGACCGUCGACUCGCCAUCGUCAGCGUCGUCCAAUUCCUCCAAGGAAUCGAUCUCGCCGCUGCCGCAGCAUCCUAGUCGCCCGUCAGCGCUGCCCGCCGCACCGACACCGCGUGCAAAGCAGCAGCGCUCGCCGCUUCGCAAGGUCCCGACCCAGGAAGCCGCCACCAAGACCACCAAGCCCGAACGCCCAGUGACGCGUCAGCCGCCGCGCAUCGUGACUGAACCGCGUCCGACGAUCGCAACGCCCGAGCCUGCGCGGGCCAGCACAACGCGUCGCCCCACGCAGCGGGAAAAGGUGGUCAAGGAAACAAAGCCCUUCGCGGUGCCGUCGACGCCGCCACGGGCCAAGCCAACGACACGAGACGCCAUGAGCCCCCAAGCGCGGCAGGAAAAAAGCCCACCGAGGCACCGCAGACGCCGGUUCGAGCGACCAAUCCGGCGCCGAGCACCCCAAAGCGUGCACCCGACGCCGGUCAAGGUCAUCGAGCCUCAAGUCGAGGAGGAUGCGGCGAGCGAGACGGCGACACCGGACGAAGCCGUCGUGCCCGCCGACGAGAGCAACGAAGAGAGCUGCGAGGACGAAAGCCAAGUGCCGUCGACCGACGACGACGUCGACACCCGCGCGCGCACCGUCUCGGAAGACAUGAACGCGAGCAAACUGACGCCCGAGGCCGAAGAAGAGUCCAAGUCGGCCAAAGCCCGCGCCAAGGAGCAAGCCAAGCGGGCCGAGAAACUGCGCAAAGAGCAGUCUCGCAAGGAGCGCAAGCAGUUGCAGCAAGCGAAGAAGCGCGACGUCGACGAGCCGGCGGUCGUAGCGCCACCAGACGACUUGGCCGACUAUGCGCUUGCGCCGUCGGUCUCCGUAUACCUCCGGGGCUUCGUUGUCACAUACCUUCGCUGGCUCGCGGCGGUCGUGCUCCAUCUGCAAGCGGUCGCGUCCGUGGGCCUCAGCGUGUGCAUGCUCUUGGGCCUCCACGUAGCGUCGUACGCGCUGUCGUUCCACCGGCUCGCGCUGCGCGGUCUCCUUGUGAACCGCAACAUUGGCUCGUGCUUUGCCUUCCUGUACCUCUUCCCGCUCCUCGUCCAGUAUGUGAUUCCGUGGGCGCCGCCGUGGGCGCCUGUCUGUCUCUGGUACGCGUUCCUCGUGCAGCUCUUCUGCACCCAAGGCUCGACGGCCAUGGUCGCGACGUUCCGCAUCCUCUUGCCGCUCGUCUUCUUGGUCGAAGGCGUCUCGCACCACAGCUUUCUCCUCGACCUCAACGGCGCCGAACUGCUCCUCAUCUCGUUCAUCCUCUCGGCGCUCAAGACGGGCAACAUGUGCAGCCCCGUCUUCUUCCUAUCGCUCUCCGUGCAGUCUUUCUCGGGUCGGCCAGUGGGCCAGCUCGCGAUCGCGCUCUACUCUCUCAACGCCAUGUCGUCCUUGCACCAAGACUGGUCGCUUCUCGAAGGCGGCGAAGAGAGCGGCCACCGCCACUUUAUUGGCGAGUACCACCAGCCGGCGACAGGGCCGCUCGGUGCGUCGAUCCAAAAACCAAGCGGCUCGACCGGCGGUCGUUGGCAAGCGUCGUGA